CUCCCCCCAGACGGCCAGUUAACACUGAAAAAGCCGGACAUGUCGGGGGAAACCCGGACGGAUGGUAACCCUAGCUGAGUGCCGUGCCAGGGAGCUGACCGGAGCUCUACAGGGAUCCCAGAAGUGCACUCGCCCCUAGUACACCUCCCACCAUGGCUCGCUCCGACCUGGUGCAGAAGCUGCAGUUGGAGGUUACCUGCUCCAUCUGCAUCAAGUACAUGGAGGUGCCUGUGAUGCUGGACUGCGGGCACAACUACUGUGAGGACUGCAUCAACCAGUACUGGGACAGGGUGGAGGAGAACGAGGAGCCGAUACAGUGCCCCCUAUGCCGCCGGUCCUUCCGACAGCGCAGCUUCCUCCAUAACCCGUCGCUGGCCAACAUGGUGGAGAUUGCGCAGCAGUUCCUCUCCCAGGAUGAGGCCCAGGAUGUGCGCUCCACAUCCAACUCCACCAUGGGGAAGGACCCCCAGGGGCAGCAGGAGAGUUUCAGGCAGCGUCUAGAGACUCUGAAGAGGGACCUGGAGAUCGUGCUGAGCCUCCCAUGUGACGGAGAAAUGCAACAGCACCUGCUCCACUUCCUGCAGGACGGGCAGCAGAUGUUCCUUCAGAAGCUGCAGGAGAUGGAGGAGAGGAAUGGCACAAGGGAGGAGGGGGAAGAGAGGAAAGAGGAGCCAGACCCAGAGCAGCAGGAUGAAAAUAUCAUCUUGAUCAGGUCUGACAGUGAGGAGCCCGAGGAGCCCUGCUCGCAGUCGCUGGAGCCAUGUGACUGCCGGCUGCCCCUGCUGAACAGCGUCCAGAGGAUACAGAUGAUAGGUUACAGAGUGGAGGUGACUCUGAAUCCUAAAACAGCCAACCCUGAGCUUGUCCUGUCCAGUGACAGGAGGAGUGUGCGUCUUGGAGACGAGCGGAAGGACCUGCCCAACAACCACGAGAGAUUCGACACAGCUCCUUGCAUCCUGGCCAAUGAAGGGUUCUCAUUUGGCAGAUAUUACUGGGAAGUGGAGGUGUGGGAUGCUGAUUGCUGGGCUGUGGGGGUGGCCAGGAAGUCAGUGAAGAGGAAGGGACAUCUCAGACUCACACCUGAGCAUGGCUUCUGGACUUUUGAGAUGCACAUGGGCAAAUACUGGGCUCUCAACACCUCCCUGGCCCUUGUGUACUGCAAUAAGAGGCUUCACAGGGUUGGGGUUUACCUGAACUACACGGAGGGGCAGGUGGCCUUUUACAAUGCUGAGUCCUUGGCCCAUCUCUACACCUUCACCGCCUCUUUCACGGAGGAAAUUUUCCCCUUCUUCUACACCAAGGACAAGACGAUCCCACUGGUCAUUAACAGGUCCGAGAUUGAGGGAUCGAUUCCUCUGACGGGGAUUUGAGGACCAAAAAGCCGGACAUGUCUGGGAAAAUCCGGAUGUAUGGUAACCCUACCUUGAAACCAUCACAGCAUGGACCAACCUGGCAUUGCCAUAGCAACUAUGACCACUGCCUUUAUGUGGCCAAUGGCUGCGAAAAAAACCUCACAAUAAAUUAACCCCA